CGCCGCGGGCAUGGCGGGCCGCACGGUGCGGGUGCAGGGCUUCCCCGCCGAGCUGCCCCCCGACAGGGCGGCCGACAAGCUGACCAUUCACUUCCUGCGCUCCCGCAACGGCGGCGGCGACAUCGCCAACGUCCGGGUGCUGCCCGGCUCUCUGCCCUGCGCCCUCAUCACCUUCGAGGCGCCGGAAGUGGCCCAGAGGAUCCUGCAGGUGAAGAACCACGUGCUGGCAAUUGGGAAGACACAGUACCCGCUGGAGGUGACGCCCCACGCUUCAGAGCUGAGCCCCAAUGAGAUCUUCAUACACGUGAGCAUGACAAUUGACUAUGGCAAGCUGCCCACGGGCAAAACCCUCCUGAAGGACUUGCACAAAGAGUACAGCAAUGUACACUUCAGCUUCGACUCCAAGAACAUGCAGUGCAUAGUGCAGGGCCCAUUCACUGAGCUGCAGACCUUCAGCAGAGACCUUCUCAGCAGCCUGAACCUCAAGAACCAAGCCAGUGGCCAGAUCCUCCUGCCAGCUCCCAGCUGUGGGGCCAAGGAGAUGGGAAUCCCUGAUCAGCAGCAAGUGCCCGACUCCACUGAGCCAGCACAAGAGGCAGCAAAGCUUCCAGAUUGUGACCAGGCGCAGGAAAUGUCAGCUAAAGAACCAUCACCUCAGAGCCCAGUGGGUGAGGAAGCUGUGGAACUUUUGGGGAAGCUGGAGGACUUUUCCCUCGCCGUGGACUCGGACAUUUACUUGUACAUGCAGAGGUUCUGUGCUGCUGAGUACUGGGGUGUGCUGCAGCAGCACCACGUGGAUGUGGUGGAUGUCAGUGGCGAUGGCAUCGCUGUGUUGUACCUCCAGCCAUCUGGAGGAGUGUCUGGGGACACAGAGGCCUUGAGGCAGGCCCAGCUGGCCCUGCAGCAGCUCUACCAGCAGCUGGAGGCGAGCCUGCGCAAGGAGAAGAUCGCUAAGAAAGGGCUGGGGAUGGAUAGCCAGGCACUCAGGGCUCUGACACGUGAGCUGCAGGAGCUCUAUCCCCAGCUGCUCUGCCAUGAGGAUGUGAAGCAGCUUUAUCUCGUUGGAAGCCUGGUUGAUGUGUGCAAGGCCAAGCAGUUCCUUGAGGAUUCUGUCACCAGGAGAAGUGCUGCACGCACGGUUGACACGCUGAGCAGCUCCCAGCCCUCUGGCACCACAGAGGCUGCACCACUGCUGGGCAAACCUCCUGUGCAUCCUUCAGCCACAAGGCUUAGCCCAAGCAAGCAGGAGCAGAAAUGUGAGUUCAAGCUAGCUGCCAGCUUCAGCACCCUGAAAGCUGACAGGUCUCAGGCUGGCCAGGACCUCUUGGUGAGUCAGGACUCUCCAGCAGUGGCACAGGUGCAGCUUUCUGGGAAACAUUCAUCAGAGACAGAUGCUCCUGGUCAGAGUGACCCAAGGGCGCUGAGCCAGCAGUAUCAGUCUCCCACCCCUAUGAGAGAUAAAGUUGUGGGGUCAGCACAGUCUCCCACCCCUAUGGCAGAUAAAGUUCUGGGGUCACCUGCAGAACCUCAGCAGAAUGACCCCACAGAAAGGGACCAUGUGGAAGGAGGUGCCAGACUCACAGGAGAAAAGGUGCUGAUGCCUAUUGCAGGCAAAGAAAACAGCACUUUUCAGCAUGCUGAGGACUCUAAAGGCUCAGGUCCCUUUGGGUACCACUCCCUUGCUGGCAUCUACAGCAGCUGUGAUGUGACAUGGACCCCUUUUGCUUUAGGCUGCAAACCCUCAGCAUCCAGCCCUGUGCUGAGACGGUCCAACAGCUUCUCCCUGUCGAGGUCAAAGGAAAGCAGCAACUCUGGAGACAUCAGCAGGGUGAGUGAGGAGAUAAGCCUGGACACUCUGCAGUGGUUUUACCUGAAAGAUGUGUGCCAUGCUGCUAUUGAUGAGCUGUGCAGGGCUGGAGGGGUGCACAUCUCGGAGCGCCACGCCGGCGACUGCACGGUGCUGAUGCUGCAGGCAGAGGACAGGAGAAGGCUGCUCCAGGUGAAAUGGAAGGUGGAAGAUCUCGUGCAGAAGUGCCCUGACUUGGUGUGUCAGAGUGUGAGCUACUCAGAGCUUGCUGUCAGUGGGCCAGAUGACAGUGACCUGAGCGAACUGUGCAGCCUCUUGCGAGGAAAAUCCUUCCAGGUUGGACUCAGCAAAGACAAGUACAAGCUCUACCUUGCCUGCCCCAAGGAGAUGCUGCCAGGAGUGAGUGAGGCCUUCCACAUGUUUUCCUCCAGGAGGCUCUGUGCCAUGAAGUCUUCAUCCCUGUCUCCUGGAUCAGAGAGUACAGGGAAAUUGAGUGUCCAGCCAAGCAGAAGCCAGGACCCAGUGCUGGAUGUGGCCCUUCCUGGCGGCCUGAGUUCCCCACAGCACCUGAACAUCAUCAAUAAAAUGGACUCUCCACAUGUGCUCAGGGCUUCCUGGCUGCCAGAGGCUGAGGAAAAGGCAUCCCCCAGUCCUUGGAGGUACCAGCAGGCUUGGGGGCAGGAGGAGGGCAGGGGCUGUGUUGAUUCUGGGGCUGGCAGACGAGGAAGCAGCCUUCUGAGCCUUGGCACGGGGGAUAAGCAAAGCCCUCCUGGCCUGAGGGAGUUCCAGGAACAGCGGAAGACAAAACUGACCCUGGGGGAGCCCGACAGCCCCCAGCUGAAACAAGUCUUGCCAGACAGGUUCCAGUUUGCAAGAGACAAGAGCAGAGGAGGCCACAAUGAAGCAAUGGGACAGCAGCACUGCCCAGUCCCUGCAGCUGAUGAAACUCCUCACUCUAUGCCCACCUGGCUACCCAGGGCUGUGGCUGCUGAGCCACCACCAGCUGUGGCCCAACAGGCACCUGCAGCAGAGCCCACAGAUCAGGGAAGGGCCCAGCUCCCAGGGGGCAGGAGCAACGAGCAGGAGGAGCCUGAGCUCCCAUCACAGCAGAGAAGAGAGCCCAGCCUUGGCCAGGAAAGCAGCACCAUCCCUCUGGAGCAGUGUGAUGUUUGCCAGGGCUCAGGGGUGACCUGCCAGGGCUCCUGUGGUCACGCCUUGUGCAGGACAUGUUUUGCAGCAGACAGUUUCCUGGGGACACUGAAGAUCUCCUCCCUGUCUCAGAGCUUGCCUGGAUUCUAUCCGGACUCAACAUUUCAGCUUGCUUACAACAUCCCUGAUGGAGUGCAGGGGGUUGGGGACCCUCGCCCAGGACACCCUUACAAAGGGGGGAAUUUUUGUGCCUUCCUGCCUGAAAACACAGAAGGGGUGAAGAUAGCAAAGCUGCUGAAGAGAGCGUUUGAAUGUGGGCUGACAUUCCAGAUCAAGUCCUGCAAUGGAGAGGAAAGAGUAACAUGGGGUCCUAUCCCCCACAAAACCUCCUGGGAUGGAGGCAAAGCCAGGAAUGGCUACCCAGAUGCCCAGUACCUCCAUGAGGUUGGCACAGUCCUCAAUAAACUGGGCCUUGUGUGAUUCUCCCACAGCCUGUGGCUUCCCUUCACCUUCUUUUCCUGCUGAGAACUGCAGCUUCACAGAGACAGCUCAGGAAGAAGCAGGUGUUUGUUGAAAGAGCUCCUGCUUUCCCCACAUGUAGCCAGAACUCUGCACUUGAGCAAAGAGCAGCACCUCUGUCCCUGCCCCAUGCAGGCCUCAGUGCUUGCCAGAAACUCCAGCUCCUCUUGGAUGCAUGCCCUGAAAUCACAGAGCUGAUUGCAGCCUGAGUGAGCCCUGUUUGGCUUCCAGCAGCAGACACAAACGUGGGCAGGAGUCUACAGCUCAUCCAGCCCCAGCUUCUGGAAGUCUCUUCCACCUCCUGGCACUACAGAGAGGUUCCAGCUCAGCUGCUGCCAGAGCUGGGGUUGGAGAUGAGCUCUCCUUAGUGUCAGCUUUCAGGCCAGCAGGUGACCUGGGGCUCUCUUGAGGAGAACAUUAACAGCUUUCAGCAGCUGCCUCCUCCUCCCAGGGACAGUCUCCAUGCUGACAAAUAAACAGGAUUUAUUCUCAUGUUUGAUGGUGGCUGUUCAUGCCUUGUCUUACCCUCGGCCCAGGCACCCACUUCAGUCCCACCUGGCUACUGCCACACCCAGAUAGGAAAUGCAGAGCCCAGGUAAAAGCUUCACAAACAAAAAUCACCAUGGCUGCCCUCAGGAUGAGUGUCAGGAACAACACUCAAGCCAACAGUUGUCCCUGAGAGCAGAGGCAUCUCCUGCUGGGAACAUUUCACUUUGUCAACUGAAUCUGCUGUGGGCAGAGGGUUCACCACCACAGAAAGCUGAGCAGCACUGUGGAAGGUUUUGUUAUGCUUUAAUUACCAUUUGAAACACAUAAGGCAUAUGGUAACGUUUGACAGAGGAGCAGUACACAUUGUAGUCAUGUAAACAGCAGUGGCACAGUUGUCUUCUGUCCAACUCGGUUACACAAAAAAAGCGAAAUAUAUUUUUUAAACAAAAGAUUUGCUAUGUGUCUGUAGGAUGAGCAGCACUCAUAUCACAAAUCUGCAAAUCAACACAAUUCAGACAGUACAGACCAGACCAUAUGCUGCAAGAGGCUCACUCAGAGUCUAACACAUUUCACAUCAUGCUCAUGUACUACUUGCCAAAAACACUUUGCCAGCACGAGGGCUCAGCACACCAGAGGCUUCAGCAACUUGAGUGGUUUCACACCUAUGAUAGCAGCUGUCAGCAGGCCAGGAGCCUGCACCAGCUGAAGCCUCACACACACAGUGCUUCUUACUUCUCCCUGGUUAAUCCAUUCUAGUUCAAUACAGGUGUCUGAAACAAAUCCUAGAGCUGAACUCCUUCCCAGAGCACUGGGCAGGGCCACCUGUGCUCCCUUCCCCUCCUGCAGUCAGCUUGCAACACAAGUGAGCUUCAGAGAGUCCAAAAUGUGGCAACUGCUGCCUGGUGACAGCAAAGGAGUUGCGUUCUGUCCAGGAGCAGCAGCAGCAGGCUGGGAGCCACCACAGCAGUGACAGGAGAGGCACUGGCACCGAGCCCCCUGCAGCAGGCAGGGCUGGGGGAGCCUCCUCCACCCACCAACUCCUUACAUUCCACCUGCACUCCUCAUGGCACAACCUUUGAGUCAAGACAAUCAGCAAAAUAAACAUUAAAUUGCACUUCUGGAAUGGCACACAUGAUUAAGUACAGCAAUCUCCCAGUUCCUCAGUAGCACAACUUUGCCCUAAACAAGCAACACUGAAUGGAAUGAUUUUUUAUCCUAGGGUUUCAUUUUGGUUUUUUUGCUUUGGUCCUUAGUACACAAACUGGCUGGUUAACUGGAUUAAGACACUUGAAGUUGUUUUACACAGGUUUUAUACUUAACUGUCCCAUAAAAAAGAAAAGUAAAAAACCAAAACACAACCAACCACACCCACCUGGAGCAGAACUUUGAGCAGAGGAUUGCAAGGUUACAUUUAAUCUUGGUCUUCCUGUAGAAAACACUGUUGCUACCAAGAGACACAAAAUAGUGCUGACCUGGAACAGGCAGUGACUGCUUGGCAUUCCUGCCUUGAUAAGGGCUUCAGGAAUUUCUGCUUAGAAAGACACGUGAGCCCAAAAAGAGCCAGGAGCCAGGAUUGUUUCUAAAGAGCCAAGGCUGGAGCAGCUGAUAAAGCCUCACCCUGGAGCCAAACAGCUCUGCCCUGGGAAAGACAAGGGCUUUACAACAGAUCUUAUGGACUGGGGGGUACAGAAGCACCAGAAAGGCUGGAACACCUGGGGAGAGAACAGCUAACUCAUGGAAAGUCCAACAACAUCACCAGAGUUCACAAAACAGAGCUAACAAGAGUCAAAACAGUGUUUUGGCAAUACUUUGAAAGGCCAGAAUGGAAAAGGCCCCAGUGACUUCUUAGUCAUGUAGCAGAAGGCACCGAGAUGCUGUUUGCUGUGGCACACAGGAGGCAGCAGGGCAGAGAGAGGGCUCUGUGAGAGCCCUGCCACACUGCCUGAGCCAAGGCCAUCCAUGUAAGGCACUGAGCACCAGACUGGCUCAGGAAAAAGCAGGGAGAGAGAGGAUGUUGCUAUCAAACACACCAGAACAGCUUCCCUUUUACAAUCUGAAGAUGUGCAGGGUUGUGUGCCUUUUGAGCAUGCUGCCCUGGCAUCAAGGUGUAGUCCAGUUUCUCAAAGGGACAGGUCCAGACUUUCCAUUUCAGCAAUUUAGACAGUCCUUCUGUUUUCACACCUGGUAAAGCAGCAUUAGACAGUGUUGGAUUCAAUCUAAAUCAGCACAACAGGGCAGGCUGAAAGAAGCAGCAAGAUUCUGGAUUCAGAAAGGUAAAAAGUUGUGCUUGAGAGUUCCAUCAGCCUGUGUUUAUGAAAUUCAAGAGAUGAACUGACAAGGAUCUGUGAGAGGACUCCAGCACUCCUCUGAGGUUGUAGGGAACAGGAUUGUUGCAAUAUUUAAAGUUAGGCAGGGGAAAACCCCUGGAAGCUGUGCCAGUGCAUUUCUAAAGAACUCUGGACUGAGCCCAAGCAGCUGAACCCCAAACUGCACUGGCAGAGUCCCACAGAGCAGGCUGAGGGAGAAUUCAGAGAGGAACUCCAGCGCUGGGUGGUGAUGGGGCUGUGUGCCCACCCUGUGCCCAGUGGGUACCUGCCCUCCUUGGGCCCUGGGCCCUCCCUGUGGGCUAAUUAAGCAGGAUUCUAAUCUCAAGGUUUUGCUUCUGAAGCACAAGCUCUUCCAUGAUGGGCAGCUCUUAGUGCCCUUAGGUUUACCAUUUCAAAUCCAAAAUGAAGCCCAAAAGCCCACAACACCUACGACCCAUGCCAAGUAAGCACUGACAGCACCAGAGUGGCCCAGAGCUGCAAGCAGGGUCCAGGACAGCAUCACCCAGGGCUCAAGGUGGGCUCAAGGACUGCAUCACCCAGGGCUCAAGGUGCUCACAGAGCUGGGCUUGGGUCUCUACACAGCUCUGUUUCCAACUACACACAAGUAAAGACAAAUAGAAGAGGAAACAGUUCUGGUAUAGGGAGGAGCAUCCCAAGCAGCUCCUAAACCCUCAGAGCCAGAGCCCCAGGACAGAUUCAGGAGGAGAAGAGCCAAGCCCUGCUGCAGCAGAUGAGCUGGGAGACAAUGGAAAACUGCUCAGAAUGUGCAGGUGAAGAGGCACAUUGACACACAGCUGGGCUUUUUGUCAUCUCACCAGUGUGCCACAGGGAGAGCCAGCCCACAGGAGUGGCUCCUGAAAGUUCCUUCCCAAACUGCAACACCUCCUCAGUGCACAGGGCACUGCACAAAGCAUUAGUAGGGGAUGAUUUUGUUUCCAUCUCACUCAAGUCCAAUUCAAUACUGCAGCCCUUGGAAAUACAAAGACAAGGGUGAAGCCCUAACAACACCAACUUGGAGCCCAACAUAAUAAA